ACAAACACACUUUGCAUUUUCACACUUUCACAUUCCAACCAAACCGUGGAAGCAAAGCCAAAUCCAACACCAACAUCACUCUAACCCUUUUCCUUCAUUCAAUUCAAUCCCUAUUAUUACUCUAUAAAAACAAUAAUAGAUUCAACAAAUUCCACACUCACCCACCUUUUCAGUUCAUAAUAUACAUACAUAUAGAUUGAAUGUUGUGAAUAGACAAAUGGGUUUAUCCAAAGCUUCAUGCAAUGUUUUUCUGCUUCAACUGUUCAUAGUGGUUUGUCUUGUGUUCCAAUGUUUUGAUGUCAAAGUGCAUGCUGAUCUGAAUGCAACACUGACUGUAGAUGCUUCCGGGGCGUCUGGAAGGCAAAUACCGGAGACUCUUUUCGGAAUCUUUUUCGAGGAGAUCAAUCACGCCGGAGCUGGAGGGUUGUGGGCUGAGCUUGUGAGCAACAGAGGAUUUGAAGCAGGGGGCCCUAACAUUCCUUCGAAUAUCGAUCCUUGGUCAAUUAUUGGAAGCGAAACAUCUAUUAACGUUGAAACUGAUCGUACAUCUUGCUUUGAACGUAAUAAGGUAGCACUUCGAUUGGAGGUGUUAUGUGACAGUACAGGCAACAACAUUUGCCCUGCUGAUGGUGUUGGCGUUUAUAACCCUGGUUUCUGGGGCAUGAAUAUUGAGCAAGGGAAGAAAUACAAAGUUGUCUUCUAUGCUCGUUCGACAGGACCACUUAAUCUAAGCGUUUCGUUCACUGGAUCUAACAGUGUGGGAAACUUGGCUUCAACUAUGAUCAAAGGUUCUGCAUCUGAUUUUUCAAACUGGACGAAGGUGGAGGCUUUAUUGGUGGCCAAGGCAACAAAUCCAAAUUCAAGACUUCAAUUAACGACAACCACAAAGGGUGUGAUAUGGCUGGACCAAGUGUCUGCUAUGCCACUUGACACAUAUAAGGGACACGGUUUCCGAAGUGAUCUCUUUCAAAUGUUGGUAGAUAUGAAACCAAGUUUCAUCAGAUUUCCAGGUGGUUGUUUUGUCGAAGGAGAUUGGUUAAUGAAUGCAUUUCGAUGGAAAGCGGCCGUUGGACCUUGGGAGGAGAGACCAGGGCACUUUGGUGAUGUAUGGAAGUACUGGACUGAUGAUGGACUUGGCUAUUUUGAGUUUCUUCAACUAGCAGAGGAUUUGGAUGCUUUACCAAUUUGGGUAUUUAAUAACGGUGUCAGCCAUAAUGAUGAAGUUGACACAACCGCCGUCUUACCUUUUGUGCAAGAAGCUCUUGAUGGAAUUGAGUUUGCUAGAGGUGACCAGACUUCAAAAUGGGGUUCCAUUAGAGCUUCUAUGGGACAUCCGGAGCCAUUUAACCUGAAAUAUGUCGCUGUUGGAAAUGAGGAUUGCGGAAAAAAGAACUACCGUGGAAACUACUUGAAAUUCUAUGGUGCGAUAAGACGUGCUUAUCCAGAUAUCGAAAUUAUCUCAAACUGUGAUGGUUCUUCAACGCCUUUAGAUCACCCUGCUGAUAUGUAUGAUUAUCAUAUUUAUACAAGUGCAAAUGACAUGUUUUCUAGGGCUACAACAUUUAACCGAGUAACACGAAGUGGUCCAAAGGCAUUUGUAAGUGAGUAUGCGGUGACUGGAAAGGAUGCUGGGCAAGGAAGUCUUUUGGCAGCCCUAGCUGAAGCCGCGUUCCUUAUUGGACUGGAAAAGAACAGUGAUGUUGUCAAAAUGGCUAGCUAUGCUCCACUUUUUGUAAAUGCCAAUGAUAGGAGGUGGAACCCCGAUUCAAUUGUAUUCAACUCUUUUCAGCUCUAUGGAACUCCUAGCUACUGGAUGCAGUUAUUUUUCUCAGAGUCAAAUGGAGCAACACUUCUGAAUUCAUCACUUCAAGCAACCGCUUCAAAUUCAUUAAUUGCAUCAGCAAUUACUUGGCAAAGCUCUGUCGAUAAGAAAAAUUACAUACGGAUAAAGGCUGUGAACUUCGGUGCCACCGCGGUGAACCUCAAGAUUUCUUUGAAUGGAUUGGAUCCAAAUUCAUUGCAAUCAUCUGGGUCAACAAAGAGUGUGCUUACAUCUACAAAUGUAAUGGAUGAGAAUUCUUUCUCACAGCCAAAGAAGGUGGUUCCAAUCCAGAGUCUAGUUCAAAGUGUUGGGAAGGACAUGAAUGUGAUAGUGGCACCCCAUUCAUUCACAUUACUUGAUUUGUUGAAAGAAUCAAGUAAUCUGAAGAUGCCAGGGAGUGAUUCUUCCACAUGGUCUUCUAUUUAAAGUGAUGAGUAAUUAUUAGACCUAACAAUAAAAAGGGGAUGAAAUGGGUUAUAUGCAACUGUUGCAUAUUUCAUCGUCCACUUUAUGUAAUUUAACGCUGCUCCCUGUAAAUAAUAAUUAUCUAGUUUGGUUUAAUUUAUGCAUUUCAAGGUGAA